AUGAUCAAUGACAGUGACACUGACAGUUGGAAGACGGAAUCUGAUGAAUCCGAAAAGAAAAUUGCUCUCAUCCAUCAUUGCGCAAAUUACGAUGAAAUUCGCGAAGAUGUAGCGAAAAAAUCGAAUUCCGGUCCCGAGAUUCGGUAUAUCAACCCUGCCAUUUACACGGAGUCUGUUGGUGAAAAGGAACAUAAUGUGACGCAGAUUCACAGAACCGAGAACGAUCAUUAUUAUAAUAGAUACAUAAUCAACGCGAAUCAUCAUGAUAAUUCCGAAUCUUCGACAAUCAAUGUAUCAUCUAUCAAGGAUGCAACAAGCGUUGAUCAUGCGAUCGAACAUCCGGUACAGGACGGCACAGGACGAAGCACUUAUAGGUGUUACUCGACAUCCUUAUCAGAUACUACAUUGUUUUCCGAACCGUUCACCGUUCGGUCAAUUGUGGAUCAAUCAUCUGCGAGAACCGCAAAAGUGGAAAGACGAUGCAAGAUCGAUAGCGUUUCGAACGCCGAGAAUGAACCAAUAAAACGAGACAAAUAUCGCGAAAAUCGUCCAGACAAUCACCAAGUCGUGCGAAUUUCCAUGACAUCGCUCUCGACUGGUCCGAGCUCGGACUAUCAGGCGUCGAACGCCGAUCUUGGCAAGAGAAUCGGUCAUUCGGAAUGGAUUCGUAGAAAGGACGAGGAAACGCAACGCAGGAAAGAAGAGGAGGAACGCACGGCGAAAAAACGACAAGAGGAGGAAGAAAGGAUGGCGCAAGAAAAGAAGGCGAAGGCGCGGCUGGAAAAGGAAAACUUUCUCAAGUGGAUGGAGAAGAAGAGACAGCAGGAGGUCGAGAGGAAAGCGAUCCUCGAGAACGAAUUGGAAUUGCAGAGACGUUUGAAGGAGAUCGAGGAUAAGGCAGCCGUUGCGAAGGCCCUGUACCUUCGUCAGUGGAUCCAGAGAAAGGAGGAGGAGCAAAAGACUCGGCAUAAGGAACAGGAGAUGAGACGGAGGAAAAUGGCCGAGGAACGCGAGAGGCGGCUGGAGCUUAGCUCGAAAGCUUACGAGAAAUGGAGACAGAACUCCAGGAAUAAGCCCAAACCUGCUACACAAGGAUUACUUCCCCAUCAGAAAGCGAAGCCAGCGUAUGUAAAUCCGAUUCCAUGGCAAUCGAUCGUGGAUAUUGAUGCCGAUGAAGCGCAGGAAAAUGCAUUUAACGAUAAAAAGGGGAAUAUAAAUCAAUUAAAAAUGAGCGGCAGAAAAACGAUUGCGGUGCAUCAUUGAUCGCGAGAAUCUGAAAAAAUCAUUCGUGAGACACGACUCGUAUCUUGUUUUUCAUUCAAUUCCAAGUAUGUUUAACGUGGCAAAUUAAAAGAUAUAUUUGCGAGAAUCUUGGCUGUUUUCUUUCGCUUAUUAUUAGCAGAUUUCGUUUGAGGCUUCACUGC